AGAAGAAAAAGGCGUGAUCAAAGUCAAGCUUCUGCCCAAAGAAAAAAGUUCUUUAAAAGUUCGUUUAUUAAUUUUUUUGUUUGAAUUCGCGCUUUAUUUGAAUUUCAAUUUAUUUGAAAUGGACGCCCAAGCAAAAGUCAAGCUGGUCGGCGUCAGAAUGUCGACCUUUACGCGCACCAUCCGCAUGGCGCUGGAAUACCUACAAGUGCCCUACGAGCAGAUGAACGCGCCGCCACAUAGCCCCACGGCGCUUAAAUACAAUCCCUUUGGCAAAGUACCAACCCUGGUCCACAACGAACUAGUGAUCAACGAGACGCCUGCUAUUCGCAUGUACAUUGACCACACGUUUGCCCAAAACACAAGCAACAGCCAGCAUCCGCUCACACCGAUUGAUGAUUUCAAGUCAGCCAUGAAUGUGGCCAUGUGGGUAUCAAUUGCCAGCGACUACGCCUUUAAAGAUCUUAUCCUGUCACUGUGCAAAAAGCGCGCUGCCCUGGAGGGUGAAAAUACGGACGAAGAAAAAAUCAAAUUGGAGCUCGAAAAACCAGCCGAAACUGCGCGGCUGACUUUGCGCCGACUACAAUCCGUGUUCAGUCGCACAAACGGCGGCUGGGAGGGCAAGGGGUUCAUUGUGGGAGAUAGUAUCUCAUGGGCUGAUUUGUUCCUGUAUCCUAUUUUCGCCGAUCUCUGCUCAGUACCAGAGCAGAACCUGGUGGAGGAAGAGGCCCCUGGGUUGUUCGCUUGGUACCAGAGCAUAGAGAAAUUGAAUAUUGCUAUUAAUACUUUUGACGGCACUGUUGCUUCGCUGAGGCCCAGAGUUGGCAAGUGAUGUGAGGAGUAGUUGGGAGGGAGUAUUUUUGAUGUAUUUAAAAGCAUAAAGCUAGACAAAAUUAACUGUCAAAGUGCAUUCUAAUUAUAGUGCUAAUUAAAAAUGACAGAAAACUUUACAUUUUAAUUCAUUAAUUAACUUUUGAUGUCAAAGAAAGGUAUAUACAAAAUAAAAGUGUUGGGAUUAUAGUGGCCAUAGCUUGCAUUCAUGGGUCAGAUGAAUAUAUUCAACCUCCAACAAAAAAUUAUAUAAAAACCGCACUUUUUUCCCCCUCCAAAAC